AACAGUUUUCUUUUUUGUCUCUGGGAAAGUUCCGAGUGAAAUUUUUGAAAGCUGGAUCUUUUGGAUGAAACCGUCCGGUAAACCAUAGGAAGUUGCAUAGUUGCUUACGAGACACAGUGAGGCAUUGUGCAUGAUAAAAGUUGAAGUGACCUGCAAGCCUCGCUGCCUGCCGUCCUGCUCUUACUUCUGGAGGCUUCGUGACCACCGGCUAAGACUGGAUAAGUAGCAGUUCCAAGAAAUAAGGAGCUAAUCCUUCCCUCUUGUCCACCCGAAUCGCAACGGGGUAAUCCUUGGAUAUAACCUGAGGCCAGAAGAGGCAUUGCCCGAAGUGCGCUUGAUUCUUACUCACAGAGACGUGUCAUUAAGCACGAGUGAAAUUUCGAGGUGAUGACUGGUUCAGCUCCGCAACAUGCGAUCCAAUGAGAGGCUCCGCAUGACGGCUUGCGAAGGGCGGUCGUAAAGAGAGUGAAAUUGAGGAUUCGGCCGACCUGGUGGGCGUGUCCCCUUGAGUGACGGUACUGUACGUGUGUGCGUGCGUGUACGUUGAGGAGCGUCAUUACUGACUCAACAAGUGGCAUCUUGCCUUCGUCACCGCCAGCCCUCGCGCGCUCCGCUCCGCCGGCGCUUCCUCGGCAGUCGCAAGGGUCUGGCGCCGAUGCCCUCUCGCGGCGUCGAGGGCGAGUGAGAGCCCGACAGGGAGACUAGUGGCUUGCUCGAUACCUGAACUUGUGUUCUGAAAAGAGACUAAUAGUCAGAAAUCCCUUUGAACUUCGCAAGUGCAUAAGUGUGCGUUGAGGGGCGCGGGCUCGCUUGAAAAGUGGUGGGUUCCGCGCGCCAGAGGUGGUAGCUGGGUUGGCUAAGGCCUUGGAAGCCAGCCCGCCACCACCUCCUUGCCACCGCCCGCCCGCCCGCCCGCCACCAUGACGUCGGAGAAGAGUUCCCAGCAGGCCGAGGAGCUGGUCGCCUCCACGCCCAACCAGCGCAACUGGCGGGGGAUUCUCAUUGCUCUGCUGGUCAUAGGAUGCGUCUGCGGCCUGAUCCUGUUUUCUGUGGUCCUCCUGACGCCGCCGGACGCAGGACCCAGGUUCACGGGCAGGAGGUUCACCCUGGCAGACGUCCUCAGCGGCGGGUUCACUCCGCCAGGGUUCGACGGCAAGUGGAUAUCAAGUACAGAGAUAGUGUUCAGAGAUGAGAGUGGCGGUGUCAGUCUUCUCAAUGUUCUAACACUCACCAUUACUCCCCUCGUCUCAAACUUCACCUUUCGCCGCCUGACGGUGGAGGAGUUCGACGUCUCACCUGACAAGAAGUACAUCCUCCUCAAACAUGACGUCAUGCAGAGCCAGCGCUUCCGACAUGUGGCCAAGUACACGGUGCUUCAGAUGGACAAUGAGCACGUGGAGUCCGUGACGCCGUUCCCCGCAGCGCAGGACCACGCGAAGCUGGAAUACGUGGCGUGGGUCCCUGGCGCGGCGGCCUCCCUCGUCAUGGUGCACGAGAACGACCUGUACAUCAAGGAGUCUCCUAGUUCGGUCGAGGUGACCCGCAUCACGACCACGGGAGAGCAGAACCACGUGUACAAUGGGGUCACGGAUUAUCUCUAUCAUGAAUACAUCCUGCACUCGGUUUCUGCCGUGUGGGCCAACGCAGAGGGCACGCGCCUUUGCUACGCCACCUUCAACGACACAGCUGUCCACGAUGCCAAGAUCCCCUUCUACACCAGCAUCUACACCACCAUCAGAGAAGUGAGGUACCCUAAGGUUGACACGAAGAACCCUGUGGCGACGUUAUGGGCUGUGGAUCUUAGGGAUUCCACGCCCAAACCACGAGACCUGAAGCCGCCUACGCGAGUCAGAGACCAGGACCACUACUUCACGAGCGUGGGUUGGGUGGACGAAGGGACCAUUGCCGUCACCUGGAGGAACCGAGCGCAGAACGUGAGCGUCGUGACCAUCUGCAAGGAGCCCAUGUGGUUUUGUGACGAGCUUUUCGUGGAGGAAAGCGGACCCCGGCUCUGGGCAACCGUGGAGGAUGUGCCACUGUUUGCUCAAAACGGCACGGCCUUUGUGAGCGUUAUGCCCCUCGUCGACAAGGAGCUGGGGACGUUCCCGCACAUCCACCAGGGGGACAUUGAGACCAAACACAACACUCCUCUCACCUUCGGGCCCUACACAGUGUUUUCCGUGCUUGCGUGGGACACCGAGAACCACUAUGUAUAUUACGUGGCCAACACCGAUUCCGAGUCAGCCGAGCGACACCUGUGGCGAGUGAUAGACAUGUCCGCACCAGCGAAUCGCCGCCAGCAGGAGUGCCUCACGUGUUUUCUCAACUACACCACGCCCCCCUGCAGGCACUUCACGCCUCACAUGGGACCAGACAACUUCAAUGAGGUGGUCUUGCAUUGUGAGGGUCCGGGCAUACCCCAUACGGUUCUCUUCUCGACACUAGACGGGGAAGUUCUAAUCUACAUCCACAACAACUCGGAUCUGCAACAAUUGAGUGAGCAGAUGGCGUGGCCUCAGCAACGGAAUUACAACGUGCGCCUUGAAGACAAUUUCAUGGUUAAAGUCCGCCUCAGCAUCCCCCCGGAGUUUGCUGACGACGAGGCCUUCAUCCACCCGAUGGUCGUGCGCGUCGGGGGCGUCCCGGGGCAGCAGCUGGUCAACCACAGGUGGAACGUGGACUGGGGCACGUACCUGGCUCCAACAUUGUUAGUUUACGUUUAA